UAUCGUCCAAAUUUGGCCGCGGUUUCCUGUGUGCGCUUUCACAAACCCCAUGAUGGUGCGCUUUUCUCGCGUGUGGGAGCGGGGCUCCGUAUUUGCCGCGUUCCUCCGCCAGAAGGACUGGUCGUCCAAGUUUACCACAUUGAAGUAUUCAAGUACAAAGGCAGAACCGCGACUUCCCAGAAUGGAGUAUCAGGAUGCAGUGUGCACCCUCAAUACCCUGCAGACCAAUGCCUGUGCCCUGGAGCAAGUGCGUAGAGAGCGGGGUCACCCCCAACUCCAGCUCCAGGCCAUGAGGGGCUUCCUGGAGCGAGCAGGCCUGAGGGUGGAAGAACUUGACCAUCUCAAUAUCAUUCAUGUCACGGGAACGAAAGGCAAGGGGUCAACGUGCGCUUUCACUGAACAGAUACUGAGACGCUACGGUUUUCGGACAGGAUUUUACAGUUCCCCACAUUUGGUACAAGUCAGGGAGAGGAUAAGAAUUAAUGGAAAACCAAUCGGCAAAGAACUCUUCACAAAAUAUUUCUGGCAGGUGUAUGGACGGCUGUAUGAAACUAAGGACACUCACGGGGGGAGCAUGCCCGCUUACUUCCGCUUCCUGACCAUCCUGGCCUUCCACGUCUUCCUGCAGGAAAAGGUGGACCUGGCAGUGAUUGAGGUUGGGAUUGGUGGAGCCUACGACUGCACAAACAUAAUCAGGAGGCCGUGGGUGUGUGGCAUCGCCUCCCUUGGAAUAGAUCACACCUCAAUACUGGGGGACACAAUCGAGAAAAUUGCCUGGCAGAAAGGGGGUAUUUUUAAGCCAGGAGUUCCUGCCUUUACUGUGAAGCAACCAGACGGCCCUAUGACGGUUCUCAAAGAGAGAGCAAAGGAGAUUGGGUGUCCUCUCUGGGUCUGCCCAGAGCUGGAGGAGUACCCUGCCGACUCGGGACCUCUGCGUCUGGGCCUGGCCGGCCACCACCAGCGCUCCAACGCCUCCCUCGCCCUGCAGCUCAGCCACAGCUGGCUACAGAGACGCUGCCUUCCUGACCAGAGCCUCCCCUCCCCCACUGACGAGAGUAAAGGCGUGUCGCCGGCCGCUGGCUUCCAGCCAAGCCCCAUCAUGGCGAAAGGGCUGGAGGACACCGAGUGGCCGGGGAGGACCCAGACUCUGAAGCAUGGCCCAGUCACCUACUUCCUGGACGGGGCCCACACCACCCGCAGCAUGCUGGCCUGUGUACGCUGGUUCAGCGAGGCUGCCGCCCAACACGAAAGGACCACAGGUGGACCUAUGGUCAGAGUGCUACUGUUCAACGCUACAGGAGAGAGAGACUCUGCAGCCAUGCUCAAGCUAUUGGUGCCAUGCCAUUUUGACUUUGCUGUGUUCUGCCCCAACAUCACAGAGGCCAUUGCAUCAUGUAACGCAGACCAACAAAACUUCAACGUCUCCGUGGAAAACAUGCUCACCCGUUGCCUGGACAACCAGAGGAGCUGGCGCCUGCUCAACGGCCAGGAGGAGAAGCCCGGCGCCCAGUUGCUCAUCUCCCGCGACGCGCUCCCCCUGGUGGCAACCGAGCGCUGCAGCAAAACCCUUGUCUUCCCCUGCAUCCUCAGCGCCCUCCAGUGGCUCAGCCAGGGCAGGGACUCGGUCUUGGCACACCCGGACAAGAGGGUCAUCCCUGUCAAGCCCAGCGUGACGGCCAAAGCCGCUCCACUAAGAGAUGCCACUGGCAUUCACGUCCUCGUCGCUGGAAGCCUCCAUCUGGUCGGGGGCGUCCUGAAACACCUCGACCCUUCCUUUGCCUCUUAAAGGGACGGUUCUGUCAGAACGGCAAUAGAUCAGAUUGGCUUGGUUUGUCUGGUAAGGGCAAAAGCAGAAUCAAGAAGAAACCCUCUCUGGAGAGAGAGCUAAAUGCUGGGAUAUCAUACAGCCUAAGGGAAAGCUUAUGUUGGCUAUGCUUACUGGCAGGUAAUCAAGUUUGUACCAGGCAACAGGGUUUUGUGUCACCCCCAGUCCUUGGUAAGUCUAAUAGAAAUUGUCAAUGCCAUAACCAUCUAUUUCUAUUGAUAAGUAGAGGGCUCUGGCCAAUACAAGUUCAUGUCAAAUGUUUUAGCCAGUACCACAUAGAGCCUUACUGAGGAUCACACAUGUCACACAAGCAUAUAUAUUUAUGCCGGGUCACCUCUUUGUGUCUAGGAUAAACAGUCAGUCGCUGGGCAAGAACUCAGUCUGUUCCUCCCUCCUAUUGAUGUUAGCCUGAGUCCAGAACCUUUGUGGGCAGGUGUGUGUGUGAGAGUGAGACUACAGUCUCUAACACACACUCUAGCCCCCCCCACCCCCACUGCAAUACAACUCCAGUUCCAACAUCAUUUACAUUUAAGUCAUUUAGCACACGCUCUUAUCCAGAGCGACUUACAAAUUGGUGCAUUCAACUUAGGAUAGCCAGUGGGACAACCACCCUGUUUUUUUUUUUAGGGGAGGGGGUGGGUAGAAGGAUCAUCCUAACCAAUGACAAGUUAUUACUACUAAUAAGCGGAUUAAGCAAUUAUAAACUGGGUGAUUAUGCAACUAAAAUGGGUUCAGAUAGUCUCCAACGGUAGAAAACUAAUAUCAACCCCUAAGUCUUAUACUUGAAGCCAAAACUGUUUACAUGGACUCUUGGGGGAAAUGUGCGCCUUCCAGUAUGACAUGAGUGUUGACUGUAAUUGUUUAUGCGAAGUGGUAUUGUGCUUUAAAAGCGUGAGAGAAGAAGGCAGUGGGACGGUAGGCCCGUAAAAUGGCAGGUAAUCCAAAGAAAAAGCGUGGAAAGGGUUGGUCAAGGCCUCACUCUUUCCACCCAGUACGUUUCUUUGGGUUGUGUACAAGAAUGGCAUUCUUUCCUGUCCAUUUCAUUGCUGCCAAUAAGAGCCAAAGGAAGAGGGUUGCAACAUUAACUGGAUUUCUUGCAAAUUAUUUCCUAGUGAGAUCGUCAUUCACCGAUCUUUCACACUUGCAUUAUUUGUAAACAAAAGCCAUUUUGUAUAAUGUUGACAGUAUUCUUAAACAUUUCAAAUGUGUUUCAUGUAGCUGUCAUUGUAAUUGUAAAUCAGAUAUUCUCCCUUGUAAAAAAUGUAAAGCCUUUACAAUUAAACUAGACCUGUAGUGUUGACCACAAUGUAAACAAACAAAUGAUCUGCCUAAAAUCUGUCUGUAAAUUACUCUCGACUUAGGUGUCAUAACUGAUAAGUCUUCUUUUAUACUGCACUUGCUUUGUGACCAUUAACGUUUCAGAAUGUUCACUGCCUUGUGAAUUUGUCUGAGAGCGCAAUUGUAUGUCAUUGUAACGAAACCCACAAUCAUGCUCUAGAGGUAGGGUGUAUUCGUUAGUCGGAUUCUGUUGCAAAGCUUCUUGCAACGGAACCGGUUUAAUCUAGUAACCAAACAAAACCGGAGGGACCUACCUGAAUUUGUCCAAUAUAAACUAUUUUUGUUACAAAUGUUUUUCAGUUUGGAGGAAACUGUUACAAAACGUUUGGCAAUGGAAACUGACUAAUGAAUACACCCCAGUGUUUCCCCCCCAAAAAAAAUCACCAGGGGUGUAUUCACUAGGAACCAAACGGAAUGAAACAUGGAGGGAUCUACAUGAAUUUGUCAAAUAGAAAGUAGAAACUCAUUUUUGUUACAAAAUGUUUUGGACUAAUGAUUACACCCCAGGUACUAUAAAAAUUAGCACUUAAGUUGAGUGAAUGGUCCUGUUCCAGUCUGACUAUAUUGCAGUCACGCUGCAGUACACACAGCAACUAAUGGGUGCCCUAUCAUCGACUGCACAGCCAGGCAUAAGAUCAUCAUAUGCUACAGUUAGCUGAUAUGAUCCAGGCGUUGUGAGAUCUGGCAGGUGACAGCAAUGUAGUUGGUCUGGAAUGCAGCCAAUAUUUAGAAACUGCUAGACUAUUACCAAAUCUCUUUCAAGGUGGUCUUAAAAUGUUAGAGAAAUGCUAUAGUUGUAUAUGUAUGUGCACUUAAAGUAAUUAAAUUGAUCAUUAACAGA